CAGAAUCUGACCCUGGCUAUUGAACUAGACAAUCACUUAGCUCUUUCUUCCUACGAGGAACCUUAUAUCUUCAACGCAACAGCAUGAAAGAGGCUAUAUCCGACCUUGAGAUGGCACGUGCAUUGUUACGAGGAAACACGUUUAUAGACUAUAAACCACUAGGUCUACUUAUAAGACUUAACAGAUUUCAGAUUAUGAAUAAUCUUGCUGUAGCAAAUGUAAAGGUAGACAAAAUGUCAGACGCACGUGCACUUCUUCUAGAAGCGUUACACGACGCAGACGAUUUACAAAAGAAAUUAAUCAACACUUCAUUGGAAAGAUUAGAUGGAGGAAAUGUGUGUAUGAUGCAGACAAUGCACGUGUCAUGUGACAGAGUGUUUGCUCCGCCCAAAUCUGUGACUCAGAACAUAGAAAAGCCGGGUAUUGUUAGGAAAGCCAAAGUUGUGUCUGCUGCUAAUGCAGAAGACAGAAACGCAGCCUUCGAAGGUUCUAAACGAGUGCGUCAGUUAAAACUCAAACCAGUUUCAGCAGAAAAAACAGUCAACCCUUUACAACGUUUCGUUAAAAAGCGAACGCCACGAAGCCCACAAAGUACUGCGGAAGUAAAUGGACCUCAAGCAUUCAAUGGGAUGAAAUCAAGCAAAUCUAUGAGCGACCUACGCGCAGACGACAAUUCAGUUCUACCCAGAAGUAGUAGUCCAUUUGUAAAAAUCAAGCGUUUGUUUCAGAAAAGAACUUCCGAUUCGACAGAUUUCCCACCAAGCCCCAAAAUAAGACUUAAUCGUUCAUGUGGGGACUUAGAGGCGCAUUUAAGGCCGGAUGUUAGUAACGCCGUAAAGUCGUUUCCGCGUAGCCCAUUCUCGGGAGUGAGAAAACUUUUAAAUAAUAAGAGGAAAGUUUGCACGCAAUUAUCAUCUAGUGACGAGCAGAUACCAGUGUUAGUUAUGAGAGGAAGCCAUUCUCUCGAAAAUUUGGACAGACUGGAAACUUCGCCUCAUAUAAGAAACAGCAAAGAGAGACAAAUACCAAACAUCAAGCAUAAUAAUUCAUCAUAUGAAAAACUAAAUUUUAGUUCCAAAGAACAUAGGAAUUCUCUAGGCACCGUGUUUGGCAAUUACUUAACUAUUGUCAACCAAACACUGACUAGAUCAUGUGACGUCCUCACGGCUGUCGUCACGCCCACUGAAUACGAAAACGAAGUUUUUACAGCGGAAUCAAACCAAGAUUUUGAAAAUGAAAGCGAGAAUAAGUCAUUGACAAAAUCUAGUAAAACUGCACAUUUUUAUAUCAAUAGUGUAGAUUUAGCAGACGAUAUCACACAAACUGAUUUUGUUACUUCCGAUAGUAUUGAAAAGGAAGAGGAGGUGAAAACUAAUCCAACAGCAAGAAAGUCACGCCCACCCCCGCCUUCUUAUCCCCCUCCCCCUUUGCCUCCUUCUGUUGUUAUCGCAUGA